AUGAGUGAAUCAUUGCUGCCGGAUGGGAUGGCGGAGGCUAUCAACGCUACCGUAAUCUUCCCUUCAGGUAACUUUCGCGUCAUUCUUGAUGGUUUUGUAUAG